GACACAUUCCUGUCUUGGUUGGCUACAACAACCAUCCAGUCCAGUAUGUGUGGACGUUUUGCUUUGGGUCUGCGACACGAUGAGAUACAGGCAUUGCCAGGAUAUCCUAAUAUGCAAGUAGACGAAUGGGUUGACCAAGAGCAUUUUGUGCCACGCUAUAAUAUUGCUCCGCACACCAAUGCUCCUGUCGUACGAAGAAGAGACUCUGCAAAUUCAGAAUUAAUGUUGCAAACUAUGCACUGGGGCUUUCAGUGGAGCAAAGAGAAUGAAAAAUCACAAAAUGCUAUCAAUGCUCGUACUGAAACUAUACUCGAAGGCGUUGGUGUCUGGAAUAAGGUGAGAGGCAAGAAACGAUGUGUGGUUGUGUGUCAAGGGUAUUAUGAAUGGCUUAAGAAAGGCAAAGACAGAUUCCCUCACUUUACUCAGCAUGGUGAUGGUAAAAUAAUGCUGCUGGCUGGUCUGUACGACUCGGUAGCAGUCGAAGGAGAGAGUAGGCCACUGUGUGAAUUUGCCAUUGUGACCACAGACGCCUCGAAAGAACUAAGCUGGCUACAUGACCGUCAACCUCUUAUAUUGACAUCACAGGAGGAAAUUGACUCUUGGCUUGAUACUUCUUCGCAGUCUUGGAAUCCCAAACUCCAAGCUAUGAUGAGACCAUAUCACGAUGAAGAAGCUCCCCUGAAAUGUUAUCAAGUGCCAAAGGAGGUAGGCAGAGUAGGGGCCGAGUCUGCCACUUACAUUCAACCUUUGUCUAGUCGGAAAGAUGGAAUUCAAGCCAUGUUUGCUCGACAAAGGUUGAAUCGGGAUCCCAAGUACAUCAAGCCAUCAGAAACAAAACCUUUAAGGCGCAAACGAAGUUCUUCGCCUACGCUUACUGAUGGAAUACAAAUCGUGAAGAAAGACAAAAGGUCAUGAAUAAAUGAUCAUCUGCUGCAGAUUUGGAUUAUAAUUUAUAAAAGUACAUAUGGUUUACGAAUAAGCAGAGACUCACAAUCUUUGAAAACGGCAUAGUCAGAACAUGAACAUAAACGAACACAUUACUUCUAGCAACACUGCGAUUGCCUCCAAUAUCAAUGGAACACCCGCAGUUGUUCUAGUUUUUGAUUGAAUAUGGUU